AUGCUUCUUAAGAACACUUUCUCGUGUAAAACCGUUUUCCAUGAGUCUGUUAAGAGUGCCUACGAAAUCUUGAUCGUGGAUGUCUCUUUUUUCGAAAAAAUUAUUAGAUUUAUCCUUGUUUAUCGCACUCCAUCCUGCAAUGCAGCAAAUUCCACUCAACUCAGUAGAGCUAUCAGUGAUCAUUCAUCGAUCGAUAAGCCUGCAUUGUGCUGGGUGAUUUUAAUCUUGCGAAUACUGAGUGGGGCAAUGAAAGACAAGUUGGAACUGUGUCUCAAGCUUUCUAUGACAUGUUCAAAUCAAUUGGUCCUUUCUCCAACCAGAGAGAAAUCUUUCUUAGACCUAAUUUUUUGCAAUAUUCCAGGGCUUGUCACAAAUGUUACUGUUACUGCUCCCUUGGGCAGCAGUGACCACAAUGCUCUUGAAUUUAUGGUUAACGUCAAAAGCUGGCUUCCUGUUGUUUCUUGGAAGCGUGCGUUUCAAGCUGCAGAUUAUUCUGCCAUUGAAGGUCAUUUACUUAAUGUGGAUUGGUUGGGUUGUUUCGCUGCUGUCUCUACAGUUGAUGAAAUGUAUGAACUUUUUAUCACCAUUAUUCAUGAUACGAUAGAACGUUUCGUGCCCAUCAAGAAAACUGGGGAUACUUUCGUAAGAUUGCCUAGUUAUAUCAGAAGGAUGAUUGGACGUCGUAAUGCCCUGUGGAGUUUUGCCAUAAAGAAUGGCCUCGGAAAUGACUGGAGUAUUUUCAAAAAACAUAAUGCAAUUGUAGAAAGAUGCAUCAAUAAGUACCAUGUCUAUCUCGAAAAGAAGAUUGUGGGUACCAAAAGCCUUUCAAAGCUCUCCCGUAUUAAAAACAAAACGUCGAUCCCGGCCUUGAUUGCAAGCAACGGUAGUGUGCUGUUUAGCUACAGGGACGAAGCCGAACUACUAGGGCAACAAUUCCGAAAAUAUUUUUGCAGUUCUCCUCCUUAUCUCAUUGAGAACCCUUCACAAAACUAUACUAACUACUUAAUUUCACAAAACUAA